GUUCUGCGGGCGCUUAGGACGGGCGGUGGCGGCGCCGUGCCGGGUCGCCCCGCGCCCCGCGACGGUCGCCAUGUUGCGCCCCGCCGGCUACUUCGCCGCAUUCCUCUGCCCCUUCGACCGGGCGGCGGGCGGCGGCUGUUGGCGGCCGCACUGCCAGUACCUGCACGAAGCGUCGCGGCGGCCGGCGGCCGAGAGGUGUCCGUGUGCCGUCGCCGGCCCCUCGGAGGGGCUGUCUAUCUCUUCCAUAACAAAAGAAGAUGAAAAUGCUAAGCAGCAGUUGGCUAAGCCAACAGAAGUAUUUCCAUGUGAAUAUCAAGAGGGGAAUUCAAAAGUGUCUCCAUUUAGGAGGGAAUUCACAAAGAGGUCAAGAAACUAUUCCCCCGUGGAACUUGAAGAAUCUGAUGACGAAUGUGAUCUUGUCAUUAAUGUGCCACCACUUCUUUUUAAUAAAAGACAAAGAAAAAAUAGGGACUAUAAAAACUUGAAUAGAGAAGAAGAACUGGAUGCUGUAAUAAGUGCAGAAGAAUUGCAUGGUAGUGCCAUAGCAGAUGGUCCUGGGUAUACAGCAGAAAAAUCAGAGAAAAUAGUUGAUUUGCAGGAGAGUGGCAAAUGUUUAAAUGAAUCUGAAAAAGCAAGGAGUGUUUCUCUGAAAGCAAAUAAAAUUUAUUUGCCUGAUGUAAACACUGAAACAUUGAAGAUUUCUGAGCAGAGAAAGAGAAGUGCUUGUACCUUACAGAAACAUAAAUCUGCUUCUGCUGAGGCAGAUGUGUGGAAGGAGAUUCUGAAGCAAGAGAAAGCAGAAAGCAAUAUAUUGGUCAAAGAAUUUGUUGAGGAAUAUACUGCUAGUGAAAACUGUGUGGGCAGUGGAAGAGUAACACAGUCUGUCUUGUGUACUAGUCACUCAUCUGAAGAUGAAACUACAAUAGAAAGACCUGGCAAGCAAGUAAAUACAGAGAAAAGUCGCAGCACAGAUAAAAAUGGGGGAAAUGAUAGCCCACAGGAUAUUUACUUGCAUCCAACUGAUUUCUUAAAUGUGGGCAAGGAGGCUUGCUGUGGUACAGUUUUACAAACCAAAAACACUGAUAAAAGCAGUUUUGUUGAACCUGCGUGCAGAAACAAGAAAGACAGUGAAAUAAUUAUGAGUUCAUCUGCUGAAGAAAUGGAAUCCAGUGGGGAGGACCCAGAGCUCUCAGAAUCAGACGAUCCUAUAGAGGAGUGUCGGAGGAUUUUUGAGGAGUUUGAAAGAGAGGCACAAAAGAAAGAUAGUGAUAAGCAGACUUGUGGAGAAAAUGUGGAUGCCAGUUUAUUAGAAACUGAAGUUAACGUUGCUGGACAAAAGAGAAGAAUUGCACACAUGGCAAAAUUUGAUGUACAUAACAAAAAUGAAAUGGAGCCUUUUGAAGGAUCUCCUGUGCAGCAAGGUCCUAAUAAUACAAGAGUCCAGACAGCACAGUUGAAAGCAGGGGAGUUAACAGCUUCUGUUGGUACAGAUUCUGGACAGAAGAAGUGUAUGUCUAAAUGGUCAGCUAUUCAAGUCCAAAGUAACAGAUCAACUGCUUCUUUAAAUUUGCUUGAAGUUCAGCCCGUUGAAACAGUCAGUGGUCAACUGCGUAUACCAAUUGAAGGAAAUGCUGAAAUAGUAAUGCCGUGCAGACUGUCUGUUGGUUUAUUUGAAAGGACUGCUGUCAUGCCAUACGAGGUACUGUAGAGUUACAGAGCUUUGGUAUAUGAAAGGGAACAGAGGUGGAAAAACUGCAAUUUCAGACAGUAUGCUAGAAUGCAAACACAAUAACAUGAUAUACCUCAUAUACAUGAUAUUUAGCUUUAAAAACAAACAAACAUACAACUGAUCAUGGUAUGCAUUAAAUCAUAUUUCAAAUCAAGAUUACAUGUAUGUGCUUGCGGAAUGUCCUGCAGUAAUGCUCAAAGAGAU